CUCCGCCCCCUUUGAGCGUUUUAUUUUGAAGCACUGUCAUGGCGAACCACUACGAUAUACCCACUUGGGCUGGGAAGCCACCAACAGGACUCCACCUUGAUGUCAUGAAGGACGACAAGCUUAUCCAGAAAUUAAUGAUAGACACGAAGAAAUGUUACCUGUUUGGACGGAAUCCACAAAUGAACGACUUCUGCAUCGACCACGCGUCCUGCUCUAGGGUUCACGCUGUUUUGGUCUACCACAAACAUCUCGACAGGGCGUUUCUUGUUGACUUAGGCAGCACACACGGCACGUACAUUGGCAGCAUCCGACUAGAGUCGAACAAGCCGACGCAAUUGCCAAUCGACAGCACCUUCCAUUUUGGCGCAUCUACCAGAAUGUACACAAUAAGGGAGAGGCCACAAGCUGCACCCAGACCCAUCAUCGAAGAGCUAGAGCAAUCGGCGGAAGACGCCGAAGGCGGUCUCCUCGGUCUUCCAGAAACGGAAACUGAACUUGAUAAUUUGACUGAAUUCAACACAGCUCACAACAGGCGAAUCUCAAUGCUCGGGAUUCCAGAUGAAGAAAUACGAUCGAGGAAAAGGAAGAAACGGGGUGUUACUUUCAAUGAAGAUGAGGAGGUCAUUAAUCCAGAAGACGUUGAUCCUAGUGUUGGGAGGUUUAGAAAUCUAGUUCAGAGCACCGUAGUACCAACAAAACGACAAAGGGUUGAAGGUGGCCUGAUCGGCGAUGUCGGAUCGCGGCUACCGGGUCACCACCCCAGUCACCACCAAAUCCUCGGCGGCGGCAUGAACGCCUCAAACCUAUACCAAGACUUGCCUCCAGAAACUCAUUCGUCAGGGCCCGCGGCCGCCGGCAGCCUUCUCUCCUCCUCCCUCGCCUCCAAGCUCGGCAUUGCUCUUCCUAAUCCAGCACCUGACGUUGAGGUGGCGCCCCCGCCGCCCCCAGAGGCGCCAAAGCGAAGCGCAGUGGGACCUGCCAGGCCUCCAGGCUCUGAGCCUGCUGGGCCUAGCCUCGAGCCCAAGAAGAAAAAGUAUGCCAAGGAGGCCUGGCCAGGCAAGAUGAAGCCCAUGGCUGGACUUCUCAUGUAAAUAGGCACAAGAGAAUCAUGAACAAAGUUGUGGUUGAUCAAGUGCUUCUGGCGUAACAAUCGGGCCAAUCAUUAUACAAUGUGAUGUAAAUAAAUUCGCCUGUUAUGAAUCAGA